AUACGGGGCGGGCUGCCGGCGCAGUUUUGAAACCGAGCGGCGAGCACAGACUAUGACAAGUCCCGGUAGCCUCUACUCAGGCCGAGCCGGGUGACGCUAACUACAGGAACCCGGUGACUAGCAACCGGGCGCCUGGCAACAGCGGGCGCUUCGGUCCUGUGACGCCGGCAGGCUGAUAGCCUGGCCUUGGGCCUCAGAUGCAUGGUCGCAGUGUCCUGAGCAGCUCACUGACUUCACAUCACCAGAGUUUGGCUACUUUAGUUCAAACACUUUGGCCAUGGCCACAAAGAUUCAGCAUCAUCAAACGCAGAUCCUGAAUUCAGCCCAGUCCUUUGGGACUUGGGUGCCUUCCACAUCACCUGGACAAGAUGUUGGAAGGAGUGAACAGAGCGGACCACAAUUUUAUAAGAAUCAGUUAAAAUUCAAUAAAGAUGCACUAAGUACUGUAUCCAACCUGGCUGCAACAGUCACAGAACCUCGUCCAAUUGUAAUUGAAAAGUUACGUCAACCUUCUGAUCCGCCUGUUCAGGAAGAUGCCCAGAGUAUGCGCAAUUCUGUGCAAUUUUCUUCUGUGUCUGAAGAGAGACUGAAUAUGGCUGUUCGGAUGGCAAAGCGUGAUCUGAAAAAACGGCAUCUGGAAGAGCAAAUGAAAGAUUACUUGAGCAAACUUGAGCAAGAUCAAGCAGAAACAUCAAAGUAUAUUAAUCGAGUGAAGGGGAAAGCUGUUGAAAAUGCUGCAUGCAUCAGGAAUCGGCUGAAAAUGGAGACACUUACAAAGCUGAAACAGCAAAAGAGCCAAACUUCGAAAGAAGGCAUUACAAAAUCUGGUACCAGGGUUUAUAUUUGCACCUCUGACCAAGGCCAAGCUAGGCCUGCCCGCACAGAUUCACCACCAACACAUGACCCAGGCCCAGAUCUGAAUCGCCAGAACCAGGGCAACAAAACUGCUGAAGAGAUCCGUAGGCUGAGAACAGAGCUCAGCAAGUACUUUCAAAAAAUUGAGGAGCUGUCUAAGAGAGAGAAAUAUACAGAUAUCCUGGAUCCUGAAGAAGAGCGGAGAAUGCAGAUAAAAAGACAAGAGCAGGCCUCUCGCUCAGCAAGGAUGCUGUAUGUUUUACAGCAGCAAGUAAACAAAAUACAGGAAGAGAUAGAAAAACAAAGUCCACAUAAAAUAAAACAUACCAAAAAGUCUCGUGCCAUGUCUCGGUUAGCAGCUGCGCACAGAGGAGCUGUUCGUGCGUUGCAAAUGUUUGUUGGUCAACUUUCUGGACAAUCAGAACAGCAGAUUCCUACUUACUGUAAGGAACUGGGUCAGUUAAUUCGACAGCUUUCCCUUUGCUCGGCCAAAAUGGAAAGUGACAUGGAUGCUUCUAUACCAGAAACCAUUAUUAAUAUCCUGCAACAAGUUGAGGACCUGGAUUCACUGCUUGGGAGCCAAUUUCCUCAAAAGAAAACAAAUCAAUUGCUACAGAGAGCCCGCAGUGUUUCACCGCCAAGCAGAAAAGGACCUCUAGGUAGACACAGAAGCCGCUCUGCUGAAAGAUUACAAAAAUCAUCCAUCACAAAGGACAAUGUUUCAUAUGCACUGAAACAAUUGCCGCCUCUUAAGACAGCACAGAUUGAUGAAAAUAUUCAUGUUGCUGAAUCUCCCAGACCCCAGCUAUGUGGUAGAGAGUCUCUGCCCAUCCAAGAAGAGCAGCAACAACAAGAGGAAGGCCCUCCGACUCCUGAUAGGAGUACUGUGCUGAGGGCUGGGUUAGAUGCUUUACAACGUGUUGGAGCCUUGAAAAAAUCUGUUACGGAAAGAAAGGCAACAAAGAAAGGAGUGCUACUGCCUACCAGGUCAUAUCAGCAAAGAGGACAGAAUACUCUUGAAAUGCAAGCCUGUUUUCAGAAAGCCACAGUAAGUUCAGAACUAAAGAGAUACCAGGGACCUCCUAAAGAAAGCAGACCUCCCUGGAUUCCAGGCUAUCCUAGUUGUCCUCUUGGACCUUCUAAACGAAUUCCGUGGAAGAAACAGAAAACAAAAUUGGAAAGCCAGAAAUCUAAACCUGCAGACAAAAGUCAAAUUUGCUUGUUAAAGGAAAUGGAACAAGAAAGGCAAGAAGCUGCUAACACUGAAGCAAUCAGGUUGGCUUGGCUUGAUUCUGAGACAGCCCGCAGGCUGAGGGAGCUCAAUGAACUCUGCAUACAAGAAACAGAUAGAAUAAAGAAAUUGAGAUCUGAAGCUGACUCUCCCAACAAAUGGAUUGCAAAAGCAGAAGAAGAAAUUCGUGAGAAACUUCAGCCCUUGCUGGACAAAGCACAGGUUAUAAGUGAAUCUUGGGAAAAGAGAACUCGAAGUAAAGACUCUUCACUGCAACAUCAACUGUCAUUACAAGUUGCUGAAAAGGCUGCAGCUAGUGCGGACCUCCUUGGUGAAAACCUGUUAGAUGAGCUGCUGGAGAACACAGCACAUGAGUUAUUGAAUCUGGAACUAAAUGCAAAAACUCAUUCAGAAGCUCUGAUGUUACAAGAAGGCAGCACAUUAGAGAACAUGUUACAGAGAAUAGAGGAGAUGGAAAGAUACCAAGAAGCAGUUUGCAGAAGAAUUUGCCAGAUUGAAUAUGCUGAUCCAGACUUCUGGGCUGAGGAAGAAAAACAAGAAAGAGAGUUUGUUUUAAUUGACACAAAGCCACGCACCCCACAACCAAUCAGGAUCACCAGAACUAUUGAUCAAAGUGAGCCAACAUUGGACAGAAUAAUUCAAAAGUCUUUGGAAGCUGACCCUGCUGAGGAUUUGGAAUGGAGUGGAAAGCCAGGACCUGCUUCACUGUUGGAACCAUUAGCCCAGAAAUUAUCCAGGAAAAGGCAGAAUGGGAUUGAACUUUCAAUACCACAAAAAAUGUUUCAGCAUAUACUUGACUACCGUGAAAGAUUUGACCAGCAUCUGAAAAUGAUUUCACAUGAGGCUGUAGGGAGCUUUAACCCUUGGUUAAUUACUGAAAGCUUGGCUGAAGAGCUAAUGGAUGAAGGUCUAGGUGAUGUAGCAGAUGAAUUGCAAAAUGUAUGUGAGGAGUAUGCAGAAGCCUUGUUCACUUCUGAGUUUGUGGAGCCUGUAGAGUGAAAAGCAAAACAAAACUGAAUAUGCCCUAGAAUCACUGGAAGAGAUAUUUAGCUCGUCUCCUGAAUUCUCCAAAGAAGCAUAUAAAUUAUCACCUGAAAACAUGUGACUAAAGCAUAACUUGUACAUUGUACAUGUAAUGCUUAUCACUAAUUGAUAAGAUUGUUCUUCAAAUUCAAUUUAAUGUAUAACAAUUCUUUUAUUUUACCUUUAAUCUUGUCAUAAAUUUUAGUGAUUGAAAGUGUUGUGGUAUUAAUUUCUUUUUAUUAACAUUUCUCAAAAUAGACUUUUAAAGCCAUGUGGAACCUGCCUACUUUUACCAAAUUUUCCUUGUUUCAUUUCAAAGUCUGAACCGUUUUCACAUUUUUUAAUACUGAUUUUGUGGUCAGUUCUCAGACUGAGUGAAUGGACCAUGUCCUCAAUACGAUGUAAUAUCAAUAUAUUUCCCUGUUGCCAUGAAUACUGAACACAUUAAUCUCACCAUCCUUGGCUCCAAGCGGUAUAUAUGUAAAUGAAAUUUUCCUACACUUUGGAAUUUUUUAUCCUUCAGGACAAUUAAACAUUGUGCACAUGC